CCCUCCGAAAUUUGAGUGAAGCAAAAUGGAACUCUCCACAACUUCUUCCCUUUGCUGAAGACGUGAAGAAAAUGCACCAGUAUCUAGACAGCCAAAGUAAUGAAUAUCUGACAAAACUUGAAGAACAACCAAGUAUCAAGCACUGGGCAGAACUUGCGAAGGUUACACUCUGUCAGGUGAUACUUUUUAAUCGUAGAAGGGAAGGAGAGGUAUCCAAGAUGUCCCUUAAUUCUUUUAUAUUGAGGGACACCUCCUCAACUCAUCCAGAUGUAGAGCUUGCUUUAUCAGACCUCGAGAAGUCACUUUGCAAGUAUUUCCAGAGGAUUGAAAUAAGAGGCAAACGUGGACGAAAGGUCCCCAUUCUUCUCACACCAGAUAUGGUGACAUCGAUGGAGUUGCUUGUCAAGACUCGCCGUAACUGUGAUGUGCUCGAUGAGAACGUAUUCAUGUUUGGAAGACCACAAGCACUCAGUCACUUCAGAGGAUCAGAUGUUAUUCGUCAGAUCGCUCGAAGCUGUGGAGCCAAACACCCAGCAGCGUUAUCCUCCACAAGACUGAGGAAGCACAUGGCCACCAUGUCCAAGGUCCUUAACUUAAAGGACAAUGAAAUGGAUGACCUUGCUGACUUCCUAGGGCAUGACAUCAGGGUCCAUCGACAGUACUAUCGGCUGCCUGAAGGAACAUUACAGCUGGCCAAGAUAAGUAAAAUUCUUAUGGCCAUGGAACGAGGACAGCUAUCUGAAUUCAAAGGAAGGAAUCUCGAUGAGAUCCAGAUUGAUCCACAAGAGAGAGUACUAAUGGACAGUGAUGGAUCAGAAUCUGAGAACGAGAAAGAAAUUACAGAAAAUGAUGCUUCAGAUUCACCUUCAAAUUCAUCUGACAAAUCCAAGAAGUCCACUGCUGGAGUUGAACAACUCAAAAAUCAACAACCUCCAAAAGGCAAGAAUGAUAAACUACAGUUGAAUGGCAAGGACUUGGAGGAACCGCACAAAACAAAGAGAUCUUCACAAACUCACGCAGAAAGUGGUCUACAGAGGAGAUUGAGGCUGUGGAGAAGACUCUGAUGGACUGCAUCAGGUCAGGAAAGGUUCCUGGGAAAGCUCAGUGCAUGGAGUGCAUGGAAAGCUCCCCAGCAGCACUUCAAGGGAGAAGCUGGGAGGGGGUGAAAUUUUAUGUUAAGAAUUGUAUUGAUUCAUUAAAGCGAAAAAUGUAAAAGCAAAGGUGGAAAGGCCUUCACCUAGAUGUUUUUCCUGUUUGUUAAAGGCAACAUGUUAAAAAUGUGUUUGCUUACGAAACUAAUUUCAGUAUAUUUAUAGAUCUUUCAAAUUAACACUGACAAGUUAAAUAAGUGUUUAAUUGAAUUAAGAAGUCAGUUUUGUGUUGAGUUCUUGAAUUCAAAAAGACAGGUAAAUGUGAACAAUUGCUGAAGCUCUUUUUUGCACAUUUUUAUUCAUAUGCAGCCUGUUGCAUAUUGUGCAAGUAAUAU